AUGUCGUUCUCUUUGUUGGAAGGUAUGUUCACUUGUGCCCUUUGGCUUGACAUGACAUCCGCAACUAAACCUUUCCCCAAGACUUUUCUUCUUUCUACUGCUGCUGAAGGACUGAGCUGGUCUCAAGUUCUGGACGAUGAAAGAAAACUUUACGCUGAGAAACGGAAUCACUUCCUCAAGUAUAUAAAACACCCAGAAGCUCUUGCAGAGCUGAACAUCGAUCCUCUGACAGAGGAUCCUAGUGUAAGGCCGGCCAAACUGGAACGUAACCAAUUAACUGAUUUAUCUGAUAUAAAAAAGUCUCCGUGGAAUACGAUUCGUCAAGAUGAGGUUGUCCGUGCUGAGAUCUUGCAAGACGUUCAGCGACUCCCCGAUGAAGCUUCAUACCAUGAAGACCAGACCCAGUCAAUCAUCUUGGAUAUCCUGUUUAUGCACUGUAAACUAAAUCCGGAGCGAGGCGGCUACCGGCAGGGUAUGCACGAGCUGCUUGCCCCUAUUCUAUAUGUCAUUGAGCAGGAUGCCGUGGAUCCAACGACUUUACCAGAAGAGAUUCCUCUGGACGAUGCUCUUAUCAAAACUCUCGACCACUCUUUCAUCGAGCAUGACGCCUUUGUCCUGUUUUCAAAACUUAUGGAACGCGCCCAAUCGUUUUAUGAAGUCAAGGAUGUUAUUCCGGCACCAGGAAGUUCUCUGCGACCCCCCCAGUUCGCAGAACAAAGCUCGGCGAUUGUUGAACGAAGCAAAUUCAUCCACGAAGUUUGCCUGCAGAAAGUUGACCCGGAACUGGCUACUCAUCUAACCAACAUUGAAAUCUUACCACAAAUAUUUCUCAUUCGGUGGAUUCGGCUACUCUUCAGCAGAGAGUUCCCCUUUGAGCAGUUUUUGGUACUCUGGGAUACUAUCUUUGCUGUCGAUCCAACUCUGGAACUCAUCGAUUUUAUUUUAUUAGAGGCCGAUUAUUCUGUUUGCCUUCAACUACUGCUCAAAUACCCUCCUCCAACAGGAGCUCACGGUCCUCAUACAUUUGUUGAUGAUGCUCUGUACCUGAGGGACCAUCUCUCACCAUCUGGAGGAUCAUCACUGAUUAUGAAAUACACUGGAAAGAUGCCAACGUUAUCUUCUCCGCCACAGACCUCGCGAGCAGGCACUCCGAGCUUUCGUGGUUUCAACUCCUUUAAGCAUAAAGGACCAGGCCCAAAGCCGCAAAUAUCAUCCCCAUCGCGCUUCCUGCAACAACAGGGUGGCAUGGAAGCUCUGUUUCAGGGAGCCGCCAAAGGAGCCAAAGGAGUUUACGAAAGAGGUGAAAAGCUGGGUAUCAACCAAGCCGUACGAGAUGCUAUGGGAGAGAUCAAGCGAAAUCUCAACGAGGCUAGAUCUGCACCUAGAUCUCCGCAACCCCUGGUAAACAACCAAGAAUCAGCCCGGAGCCUGGUAGCAUUGGAGAGGCGGAAUCAACAACUUGCCGCAAUGCUUGACGAGACGGUCGAUAACCUCAAAGCUAUAUCUGCCUCAAAUCUCGACGACAAAGCUAAAAGCCUGGAGCUCAUCGAGAUUGCGGCGGCUAAGGUGCAGUUUGUCAAGAUUUACUUGGACGACUCUUCUAUGGAGGUUCCGGUGUUACAAUCUCCACCACCCGAAGACAAACCACAAGAAGUUGCUGUAGCUGAAACAACUAUUGUUCAGCCUGAGCCUGUGUCAGUGGCAUCUACGGAGGUUGAUAUCUCGGCUCUUCAGAUAUCCGAAUCAAAAAAAUCCCCCGAGAGCGUAUCAGCACGCCCUCCUAGCCCUGAUCAUAUGGACAUAGUCCCGCACGACGAUGGCAGAUCUGUAAACUCACUGGCUCCGACAAGGCCAGCUCCCGUGCCUACUCGUUCAACACUGGCGCAAUCGUCUUUCUCCUGGAUGCUGGAGCCAGACGAGUCGGGGUCUUCAAAAGCGUCUCCAGCGUCUAACAAGUUACCACCGCCCCAGCAUAAGAAAAAGAUGUCGAACAGUGUAAGCCGUGAGAAGAAUGCCUUCCUGUUCGGCGAAGUCACUGAGAGUAGAAAUCCCCUGAACUCAGAUGAGAUAUUCGGCCUGGAGCCUCUGAAGAAACUCAAGAACGCCACAGAUGAGAAGACAAAAGAGUAG